AAGAAGAAGAAGCUCCUUCCGCCAUAGCCGUCGAUUCAAGAGCAAAUUCGAAAUCCCCAACGCAGAAGCCCAACAAUGGAGAAAAGGGAGUUGAAGCAGAGCCAUCUUGCCCAGCAAUGGAAGGACGUUUUGGGUUCUGACGGCUCGACCCGGAAUGUGCAGUUCCUGACCCGAAUCCAAGAGCUCCAGGACUACUUUGACUCGGAACGGAACUCGCUUCUGACCCGAAACCGAGAGAUUGAGGACCGGGAGAAGGAAUGGGAAGCUAAAGUUUUAAACUUUAACUUGGAAGUGGAAGCGAAAGCCCGAAAAUUGCAGGAAAUCGAGAGUUUGGCAGAGGAGAAAGGAAAAGAGGUUGAGUUUAAAACUAUAAAACUUGGUCUCAUUCAGAAAUCAAUGGUGGAAUGCUGUAAUACACUCGAAGCGAAAGAAGAAGUCAUCGGGGCAAUGGAGAAGAGGACCCGUAAACUCGAAGCGAAAAAGAGGGAACUUGAAGGAUCGGUUGAGAAGCUCGAAUUUAGACGCAGACAAGUUGAGAAACUCGGUUUGGUUGAUAGCAUGGUCACCGAAUGCCCGAAUGAGGUUCAAUUGGAAGGAAAGCAAUUGGAUUCGCGUGAAAGGUUGUUGCAAGGAUGUUCCGGUGGAGUUGAAAAGAAAGAGAGACUUGAACUGGCCAAAGAUCUUGAGUUGGAACGAAAACAAUUUGAUUCGAUUAUUCAUGAACACCGACAACAUUUUGAUUUGCAAGAAAAGAUGUUAAAAGAAGGCUCCCACGGACUUGAAAUGAAAGAGAGGCAACUUGAAGAAAAGGCCAAAGAGCUUGAUUCGGUACAAAAACAGUUUGAUUCGGUGAUUCAGGAACGCCAAAAGCAUUUGGAUUCACAAGAAAGUUCGUUGCAAGAGCGUUCCCGUGGACUUGAAGUGAAGGAUAGGCUACUUGAGGAUCAGAUCAGAGAGUUUGAAUCAAAGCAAAAGCAGUUUGAUUUGAUGAUUCAAGGACGACAACAUCGUUUGGAUUCCCAAGAAAAGAUGUUACAAGUAAGUUCCCACGGACUUGAAACGAAAGAGAAGCAACUUGAAAAACAGGCCAAAGAGCUUGAGUUGAAACAACAAAAGUUUGAUUUGAUGGUUCAUGAACACAAGAAGUAUUUGGAUACACAAGAAAAGUUGUUACAAGACUGUUUCCAUGAACUUCAAAUGAAAUGGUGGCAGGUUGAAGAACAGGCCAAAGAGCUCGAGUUGAAACGAAAACGAAAACAAUUUGAUGCAAUGGUUCAAGAAAGCCAGAAGCAAUUCAUUUCACAGGAAAAGUUGUUGGAUGAAUUCUCCAAUGGACUUGAAAUGAAAAAGAGGAACCUUGAAGAACAUUUGAAAGAGUUUGAAUCAAAUCAAAAUGUUUUUUUUUUUAUGAUUCAAGAAGACCAACGACAUUUGGGUUCCCAGAAAAAAUGGUUGCAAGAACGUUUCCAUGGACUCCAAAUGAAAGAGAGGCAAUUUGAAGAACAAGUCAAAGAGUUUGAAUCAAAACAAAAACAAUCUUAUUCGCUGAUUAAAGAACUGUUGUGCCUUGGCUGA